CAAAGCAAACAAGGAAAAAGGGACGCUGUCCCACACAGCAGGCUGCGAGAGCCAUAAAACGAGUCUUGGCUUGGGAAGGCGAGAUCCCAAACAUUUGAGGGUCCUGCACCAGCCGGAAGCAAAGCAAUCAAGCACCGAUCCUCUGGAUCCACACCCAUCAACUGCACCAGAAUGUCUAUCGAACCCUAUCAUCUUGGCAGGUAUAGUUCCAUCGGUUCACGCCCAGAUGUUCGGGGUGCCAAACAGGAAUAUGAUGAUUUAGUAAACCACAACAGAGUUGGCGGUACCUUCAGGGGCCUCACUAUCCAGGAUGAGCUUAAUUUUGAUUCUUGGUGGAGUUCGUUCUAUAGUGGUGAGACUGAAAUGGCUAUUAAUGUAAAUGGUGAUGAGAUUGGAACAUUGGUUAAUGUAAAUGAGAAAAAUUCUGAAGACGAUGAUCAGAUACCACGGAGAGGGAUGGCGUUUUCUUCUGAGUGGGAAGCUGAAGAAUUUUGUAAAAAGUAUGCCAAGAGAAUUGGUUUUACAGUAAGAAAAGGAAAGGUACAAAGGAAAGCAAAUGGUACACUGAAAGGGCGAUGCUUUCUUUGUUCAUGUGAAGGCUUCCGGACCAGGAAGUAUCCCAACCAGGGAACAAAUUAUCAGAGAUCAGAAACAAGAACAGGUUGCAAUGUCCAGAUCCAAGUCAAACUUGACAAUGGACAAUGGGUGAUCACAAAACUUCAUCUUGAGCAUAAUCACAGGUUGCAAUGCCUAGAUACACUUAAUUGGCCUUCAGAUGAAGUGGAAGGUGCUUCGGGAGCUGACAAGGAGAUCCAAACUUCCUUCGCUCCAACUGAAGCUGAGGACACAGACAAAACUCUCACAGAUCCUAACACAGCUGCUGCAGGGCUUCUUGAGAUGGUUGAGGGAUCUGGUGUAACUUCCAAUACCAGGGAGUCGAUUUGGCAGGAAAUAUUGACCAAAUAUGGAGACGUAACUGCCAAUUGCUCCUUUACAGCACCCCAGUUUGUAGAGAUCAUCAAAGGUUCCAUACUGCAGAUUGUGGAGCUGAUGCAGAAGAAUACUGCCCGUAGCCUGUCUGGUGCAGACACCUACUUCAUUGAUAGAACAUUGAGUGAUUUGGAGAGGGCGCAGGUUAAGGUUGAUUGGUUAAGAAGCCCAUUUGUUGGAGUGCAACCUUUAGUUGAGUAUGCACAAGCAGAGGGCAAGAGGGACGUGAUUCGUAGGCGCUUGAAUGAGAAGAUAGCUGAAGUAGAGCAGCUUUAUCUGGAGCUGGACCAAGCAGAGGCCAGUUUACAGGAGCUGCAACACCGAAUACCAGACUGGCUUAGGAUUGAAGAUACACUUGGUAAACGAUUAUUGUAGGAAGUGGAAGGUUGGUUUUAUUGAUCUCUUCAUAUUUAUCUGGACAUGGUUUCCAAGUGACUGGAAACCCCACCAGCCGCACCAUGCAUGGAAGUUAAUAACUUUUAGACUCAUGUAGCAAAAAGUUAUAUAUUGAACGAUUUCAUAUAGAAAUUAAAUUUAUACCUAAAAGCCAAA